AUGGUAUCAGAGCUCCUUGCGAUCUAUGGAGCCACUCUGAACAAAGUGGAAGCUGUAGGCCAAGAGGGUGCAGCAGGAAGAAAUCACAUGACACCAAAUGAGAAGAUUUUUGUCAGGCUCAACACAAACAUAAAUGUUCCAAUACGAGUUGGAAAUGGAGCUGUGAUGAUAUCAAAAGGAAAAGGAGAUAUUAAGGUGAUGACCAAGAAAGGCAAAAGAAUCAUAAGAGAUGUGCUUCUUGUCCCCAAUCUCGGAAAAAGUCUCCUUAGUAUCCCUCAAAUCAUUACAAAUGGGUAUCAAGUUACCUUUAAAAGAAGUAAGUGCAUUAUUCAUGAUCAAGCUGGAAGAAAGAUAGGAGAAAUUCCAAUGGUGAACAAAAGCUUCCACAUCAAAUGGUCUACCGAAGAAGAGACAGCAAUGGUUGCAAAUGAAGAUAUUGCUGAGUUAUGGCAUAAUAGACUUGGGCAUACAUGCUUUACAAACAAAAGAGAUGUUGAGAGGCUUACCAAAGUUCAACACUAG